AUGGGCGCGGGGGCGCUCGCCCUGGGCGCCUCCGAGCCCCGCAACCUGUCAACCGCCGCGCCGCUCCCCGACGGCGCGGCCACGGCGGCGCGGCUGCUAGUGCCCGCGUCGCCGCCCGCCUCGCUGCUGAGCCCCACCAGCGAGGGAUCCGCGCCGCUGUCGCAGCAGUGGACGGCCGGCGUGGGCCUGCUGAUGGCGCUUAUCGUGCUGCUCAUCGUGGCGGGCAACGUGCUGGUGAUCGUGGCCAUCGCCAAGACGCCGCGGCUGCAGACGCUCACCAACCUCUUCAUCAUGUCCCUGGCCAGCGCUGACCUGGUCAUGGGGCUGCUGGUGGUGCCGUUCGGGGCCACCAUCGUGGUGUGGGGCCGCUGGGAGUACGGCUCCUUCUUCUGCGAGCUCUGGACCUCGGUGGACGUGCUGUGCGUGACGGCCAGCAUCGAGACCCUGUGUGUCAUCGCCCUGGACCGCUAUCUCGCCAUCACAUCGCCCUUCCGCUACCAGAGCCUCCUGACCCGCGCGCGGGCGCGGGCCCUCGUGUGCACCGUGUGGGCCAUCUCGGCCCUGGUGUCCUUCCUGCCCAUCCUCAUGCACUGGUGGCGGGCCGAGGGCGACGAGGCGCGCCGCUGCUACAACGACCCCAAGUGCUGCGAUUUCGUCACCAACCGGGCCUACGCCAUAGCCUCGUCCGUCGUCUCCUUCUACGUGCCCCUGUGCAUCAUGGCCUUCGUGUACCUGCGGGUGUUCCGCGAGGCCCAGAAGCAGGUGAAGAAGAUCGACAGCUGCGAGCGCCGCUUCCUCAGCGGCCCCACGCGGCCACCCUCGCCCGCGCCCUCGCCCGGGCCCCCGCUCCCGGCCGCCGCCACCUCCCCGGUGGCCAACGGGCGCGCCAGCAAGCGGCGGCCCUCGCGCCUCGCGGCCCUGCGCGAGCAGAAAGCGCUCAAGACGCUGGGUAUCAUCAUGGGCGUGUUCACGCUCUGCUGGCUGCCCUUCUUCCUGGCCAACGUGGUGAAGGCCUUCCACCGCGACCUGGUGCCCGACAGCCUCUUCGUCUUCUUCAACUGGCUGGGCUACGCCAACUCGGCCUUCAACCCCAUCAUCUACUGCCGCAGCCCCGACUUCCGCGAGGCCUUCCAGCGCCUGCUCUGCUGCGCGCGCCGGGCCGCCCUGGGGAGCCACGCGGCCGCCGGGGACCCGCCGCGCGCCUCGGGCUGCCUGGCGGUGGCCGGACCGCCGCCGUCGCCCGGGGCCGCCUCCGACGACGACGACGACGACGACGACGUCGGGGCCGCGCCGCCCUCGCGCCUGCUGGAGCCCUGGGCCGGCUACAACGGUGGGGCGGCGGCGGCCGACAGCGACUCGAGCCUGGACGAGCCGAGCCGCCCGGGCUGUGCCUCGGAAUCCAAGGUGUAG